CAGCUGUUUUAUCUUACUCGAUCUAAUUUAUUUCCAUUAUCGUUCAAACCCCUUACCUGCUCCUCUCUCCCGUUUCAGUUUCAGCCGCUCGACAUUCUCCCCUCCAUAGUAAUGGCAUCUGAACAUCCCCAGUUUAGUUACUCAAAGGUCAGGUUGUCGAUUAUAAAUAAUUUGUUUAGCAUAUUUUCCCCUUCUUGCCUGUUCUGCUCUUGUAAGUUUUUUCUCUAUUCCACCAAUUUGCAUUGUAUAGUUGCUUUAUUAUUAAUACAUGCGCCUUCGUAUUAUUACCUCCCUAUCCGAGAAGAUUUUUGUGGGUUUUCCUAUUUUCAAUUCUGCCGCCUCCCAAAUCCCUCUGUAGUUGUACUGUACUUGCUCCCAGAAUUGUUUUGUGACAGUAAUUUGGGUGCCUUGAGAUGAUGAUUCCAUCUUCCAAUUGUGUAGUUUCCCCUUUAUAUUUAUGUCUCUAUGUGUUUGUUUAAAUGUCCCCAUGAAAUCAUGUAAUUUCUUGCACUUGAAUUUUUAAUAUUUAUAGUAACUAAUCUCUGCAUUUUUCGUUUUAAUGUUGUAUAAGCUUAUAAGGGAGUGUUUUCUAUUGCUUUAAAGUUUAAACCCCUUUUUUCAUCUUUUAGCUUCAAGAAAGCUAAAAGUUUGAUCAUAAAAACAACUUAAGAAGCAUAUAGCUCAUAUCCCCAAAUUUUUACUAUUAAACUGAGUAGAGCUGAGCUUAAUUCGAUGAUCAGUUAGCUAUAUACGAAGUAUCACAUAACUGACCCCUUGAAUUGCAGAUCAUUAUAUAUCCUAUUUUUAAUAUGAGAUUGUUUAAACUUUGACUAUAAAAGUGAGCUUGAAAAGGCAGAUGGUUAUAUAUGAGUUUUAUUCCUAUUUUGCUAAUCUUAUAAUUACGGAGUUUAACUAUUAAUGAUGAUUAAUAUUAAUAUUAAUAUUUCUUAAUAAUAUGUUUAAUUUCUUUAGUAGUUAUUCAAUAAGUAGUUUAGUUCAACUGAACAUGUGUACUGACUGGGAGUUCAAAACAUCAUAUCAAUGAUCGUGUUUUUGCAAUGAUCCCAAUGAGAAAAUUUAGUUCUUUUAGUUAUUGUGAUUACUCAGUAAUCUUCUUCUCACACCUUAGCAGUAAGUCACCUUAAACACUUGCAAAAUUACAUGUAACCUACUGUCAGUAGUCAUAUAUAGAUAGGACACUUGUAGGCUAACUGUGGAGUUAAUUUAUGUAUAAAUGCGUUCUAUGGAGUUUUUAUAAAUGUUCAAGAACUACUCAGUUAGGUAGUUCUUAGCGGAUCGCCCGAAUGUCAAGUACAUAACCUCAUCCAUCCUAGAGGCCAAGGGUACCACUAAACACUAGCCAAAGGCAGUCUUGAAUGGGAGGGGGAGAGGGAUACUCAGUACUGUAUGGUUGAACUAUUGCCUAAGGUGAAUGGGGGUGCUGACAAAGAUUAAGAUAAUACAGUGGGUGCUAAAUGUUUUUUCAAAUGCACACCUAGGGUUUGAUCGCAGCAGUUGGCCUUAUUAUGUUCGAUCAGAUGCUUUUUUGGACAGACCUUAAACAUUCCCUAGGCCCACUGUUGGGCCUUCCCACCCCCUCUCUUUUUCUUUCUUUAUUUUUGGGUUUAGGUUGCACACCUCCCCUCUUUUUUGCUUAUUAUUUUUUCCCUUAUCCCCUCCAUUGUAAAUCUUUUUUCACAUCUCAAUAAAAUUUUAUCCUUUCUCUUUUAAAAAAAUGUAGUGAGAAUUAAACCCACCCACAUAUUGCCUUGUAGAAAAUUGCUUUAGAGGUGCCUACAUAAUGCUAAAUCAAUUUUUCUUUUCAAUCUUACUGAAUAUGAAUAGUUCAUAGUCGCUGCUGUGAUAUCACAUGCUUGCACACUUUUGAUAUUUUUGUCUACAAUGCACGGUUCACAUUUAGCAAUCAAAGAAGAAGCAUAAACCCAAAAACAAAAACAAAAAUAAGGAUAGAAGAAGCAACAAUGGACUGAAUUGAUCCGUCUGCCUGGUUGCAGCCAUGCCCUUAUGCCCUGAACGGCGAUUAUCAGAUCAUCAUUGUGACUAUCAAGGAAAUAUUAGGCUUCUUCUUACGGGCGCCAGAGAUAGAACCAGGCAUUCUGUACCCCAUUUAGCACUAUAUGCUACAAUGAUUCUUGAUUUCAUGCUAGGCAAUCAUUGAUCUUUUACUUUGUAAUAUGCAUAUUCUCUUGUUGGGAAGUAAUUUAAAAAGGUCUUCUAGAAUCCUUUUGUUCUUGGUGUUUAGCUUCUUCAAAUUUAUAGGAAUUUAGUUUGAUUUAAUAAUAUAGCAUUGUGUGGUUGUACAUCACAGUUUAGGCAUAGUACUCCAUUUUUAUUACUCCAUCAUUUCCCUGAUUUGUCUUAAAGAUGUCAGUUAAUUUAACCUAGGCCUAAACCUUAUACACCAUCUUGUUAAGGUGAUCUUCAUUUAAGCUCGUACUGUAUGCAGAUACAUGCCAGACGACUGCUAGCAACACCUCACAAACACAAGCAAGUCAUUCCAUAUAAUUCCAUUUAAAGAAGGGGUUCACACAAAGGAAGUGUAUUGGCACAACAAGCCUCAAGGAAACUGAUCUACUGGACUUGGUUCUGGAUGGGACUCCAUUUAAAUUCCAGAUUCCAAAGAAAGCAAUUAACAUUGAUAACCAUUGUUCCCAGAACCAGAAGACUACAUUUGGCUUGAAACUUCUUUACCAUGGAAAUAAGUCUCCUCCAUCAUCUCUAACACGCUGCGUUUCUCCACUUUCUCCUAUGUGGUAAUUUGAGCAUUACAUCAUGUUGAGUUCGAAAUGAAGGACGAAAGCAAAUUCUCUAUAUGAUAUGACAAUAAUCUCAGGCUCUUUUUUUUUUCGAAUUCGAUCAUAUUGAUCGAAGUUCGGCUGUUCUUGUUCGCAUAUCUGGCCGCGGAGCAGUGGUCUGCUUUUGGCUAAGGUAGAGUGAUCACGAGUUUUUCUCUCUAGGGCUUUGACUAUGUCGGCCGCUGGAGCCUUUUUCCGAUUUCGACUUUAUUGAAGAUCGGCUUUGUUAUCCCUUGGUCGCUGGUGCUCGACUGGAGUCCAGGUCAGACGCGGAGGGCGGAGAUCGGUGGAGGAGGGCAGAUUUGUUGUCAUGGCUCGAGGAGAUCGGCGCUGUGGUCAAGGUUCGAGGAUGCGGCGUUGCUGUCGUCGUUGGAGAAGAUCGGCGCCGCCUGUCCGCUUACUCUGGUCGCACAGAGCAGGGAUGAGUUUGGUUAUGCAGGGACGGAGGAUUGAUGCAUGGUCUUUGGCAGCCAAAGGUCAUGGAGGAUCAAUUAGCAUGGUACCAGUGGUACGACCUCCUCCUGAACCACCACCAUGGGAUGCACGAGGUGCUAGAGUUCGUGAAUGUUUUUCUUGUAGUUUUUAUCUGUUUGUUAUUUGUUUUCUGGCGUCCAUUUUUGUUGUUGGGUUUGACAGUUUGUUUGAGUUUUUUGCCUCUCUUUAUGUCAUUGGGUAUGGUUGGAUCUAUGGGAAUAGUUUUGGCUGUGUCAAGCCACUACAUGGUUAGCGAUUCGUGUUGCUCUCUCAGGGGUGACCGUCUCAAAGUCUCACCAUAGGGUUACAGUCGUAGUUGUUGGAGUUUCAGUUGGUGUCUGUUUGAUUUUCCCUUUGCUUGAUGUAAUGAUCCUGAUGAAUCUUUUGAUAUGAAUAGAGACAUGUUUUGAUGAUAAAAAAAGUUCCAUUUCCCUGCA